UCGCGCCAGAGGUGGCGCUGUUCUCGGAGGACCCGGUGGACCUGGACGAACCCAACGUGCUCAUCUGCUACGCGGACCGCUUCUGGCCGCCGGUGGCCACCAUCGAAUGGCGCCGCAACGGGGAGCCGCUGAGCGACGGCGUCUAUGAGAGCGUUUAUUACGGGCGGCCCGACCUCCUGUUCCGCAAGUUCUCCUACCUGCCCUUCGUGCCGCGCCGCGGCGACGUGUACACGUGUGCUGUGAGCCACUGGGCGACAGAGGGCGCCACCGAGCGCCUGUGGG